AUGCCCGGCCUGACUGCCUACUCUUCCCUCUACGAGAUCGGCAAGCCCAAGAAGGGCGAGACCAUCUUUGUCUCCGCUGCCAGCGGUGCCGUCGGCCAGCUGGUCGGCCAGCUCGCCAAGCAUGAGGGUCUGCGCGUCAUUGGAUCCGUCGGUUCUGACGAGAAGCUCGACUAUAUCAUCAACGAGCUCGGCUUCGAUGGCGGUUUCAACUACAAGAACGAGAAGCCCUCCGCUGCCCUCGCCCGCCUUGCCCCCGAGGGUAUUGAUAUCUACUAUGAGAACGUCGGUGGCGAGCACCUCGAGGCUGCCCUCGAUGCCUUCAACAACUUCGGCCGCAUCGUCACCUGCGGUCUGAUCUCGCAGUAUAACUCCGCUCCUUACCCCAUCACGAACAUUCACCAGAUCCUCGUGAAACGUCUCACCAUGCGCGGCUUCAUUGUCGGUGACCCCGGCAUGGGUGAUAUCUACACCAAGGAGCACCAGGAGCGUGUGCAGAAGUGGAUCAAGGAGGGUACCUUCAAGGUUCUCAUCCACGAGACUGUUGGUAUUGAUAACGGAGCUGAGGGCCUGGUUGGUAUCUUCCACGGCAAGAACAAGGGCAAGGCUGUCCUCAAGUUUUAA